UGGCAAAGUUUUGGAAUUUUUAGGUGAUGUAUGUAAUCCUCAGAGAAACCCAAAUCUCACUCUGAGGUGAAGCAUAAGCCUGAAGAGAAGUAAGUCACCUACAUGACACAUGUUAUUAUCUGUCACAACUCACAAUAUAAAAUGUGUUUAACAUACUGUUUAAUAUUGGCGAAAGGCAACAUUCUGAGAGGCAUCUCUUCCUCUCUCACAACAACUUUAUUAUUUGUUGAUCUCAAUACCUUUCUCUCUCUCUCUCUCUGUAAAUAACAAAAGAAAACCACGGCAGCUAGAGCAAACAUGGCUGCCAACAAGUUUGCAACCAUGCUGCACAGAAACACCCAUAAACUCACUGUAAUUCUAGUCUAUGCAGUCCUUGAAUGGAUCUUGAUCAUUCUCCUUCUCCUCAACUCUUUCUUCACUUACCUUAUAACCAAAUUUGCUAGCUACUUUGGCCUGAAGCCUCCUUGCCUGUGGUGUUCCAGGGUUGAUCAUAUGUUGGAGCCUGGAAAUAAUACCAACUCUUAUAGAGAUCUUGUCUGUGAGACUCAUGCCACUGAGAUUUCCAAGCUUGGCUACUGCUCAAAUCAUCGACGAUUGGUUGAAACGCAGAGUAUGUGCAUGGACUGCUUGGCCUCUAUGCCAAAUCACAAUGAUGAGUCCAUUGGAUUGACCAGAAGGAUUGCUUUCAUUUCUUGGGUGAGCAGGGAUACACUUGAAAAUGGUAACAAGAUUCUCAGGUGUUCUUGCUGCAACGAAAGCUUGAACAACAAUCUCUACCCUCCUUAUUUGUUGUUCAAGCCUUCUUGGAAGGCUCUGAGGUGUACCCAGAAAGGAGAUUUAAUUAUAGAAGCAAUAGAUGAUGAUGGUAAUGGAAGUGAGUGCAAAUUGCUGAGAAAACCUGAUAGUUUUGCUCAUUACACAGAAUAUAGCAAUGAGAUUGAGAAAAAUGAUGGAGAAGAACAUCAAAUGCUUUCUGAUGUUGGAAGUUUUGGCCUCAAAGAUUCUGCAGAAGACGAGAGUUCGGGGUCUGAAUCAAGCAUGCAAUCUGAUGAAAAGGAAGCAAAUGAAGAUCAGAAAGCAGAGAGCGUUUGCAUUACAGAACAAGACUCAUAUGGUAUGGAUUUUGUUAAUCGAUCUUUUGAUGGCAAUAUAGUCCAGCGUUGUCCCGGAGAAGACUGUGCACUUGAAAUCAUCGACCUGCAUUUAGAGAGAAAUCUUGACUGUGGAUUUAAUCGCUUAAUACCUAUUGCAUUGAUUGAUUCAUCAACGCAUGCAAAUCAUGGAUCUUUCACAUUGAAGGAAGAAGAUCUGGAAAAGCAUGAUUAUCAAAAUGAAAUUUUUUAUUCUUCUUUACAGAGUGAAACUCAAGUCAAGGUACAAGAGAACAAAGAGAAACCAACUUCUGUUGAAAUAAAUAUGGAUGAUGGUGAGAAAUCUUCAGUUUUAAAAGAAAUCCAAAAUGAUUUGGCUGGUGAGGCAUGUGAACAACUUAUAUCUAUGCAAGCACCUCGAACUUUAUCCAUCAGUGGCAACAUUGUCGAAGUAGCAGACUCAAAAGAACCUAAUGUCCUUCCAGCAAAAGCAGCUCAAGAGGAAAAAAUAAAUGGCUUCAAUUCGGUUGAUCAAACCAAAUCAAAGCCCCUCGAAGAACUGGAUGAUCAGGCAACCAUUCAACCCCGAGAACAAGAAUCAACUCCAUUGCCAUGCCCGCAAUUGCAAGAAGAUCACUUUUCCACAAUUGGCAAUGGUGCAGAAAUUCCUAAUGCUUCUGAAUUAUACAUGCAUAAUGAAUUUGGUCCAAACUACAGAGGAAAAACUUCCAUAGAAGAAAAUAUGAUUUCAGGUUAUAAGAACCAAGAAGCAACAGGCCAACAUUCAUCUGUUCGUUCAGAAUCUAAUGAAGCAGAGGAGGAAAAAUUCCCGGAGACACCAACUUCUGUUGACAGUUUUCAUUACUUGCACAAGAAACUACUCCAGUUCGAGAAAAGAGAAUCAGGGACAGAAGAGUCCUUAGAUGGAAGUGUAACAAGUGAGAUGGAAGCUGGGGAUCCAGUUCAAACUGUUGAGAAGCUGAAAACAGCUCUUAAAGCUGAACGAAAGGCUCUGAAUGCUUUAUAUGCAGAACUGGAGGAAGAGAGGAGUGCUUCUGCAAUUGCAGCAAACCAGAGCAUGGCUAUGAUAAACAGACUUCAAGAAGAGAAGGCAGCAAUGCAAAUGGAAGCAUUGCAAUACCAGAGGAUGAUGGAAGAACAAUCUGAAUAUGACCAAGAAGCUUUACAGCUUCUUAAUGAGCUCAUAAUCAAGAGAGAAAGAGAGAAGCAAGAACUUGAGAAAGAGUUGGAAGUAUAUUGUAAGAAGGUUUCAGAUUAUGAGGCCAAAGAGAAAAUAAGAAUGAUGAGAAGAAGCAGAGAUGGAAGUGUGAGGAGUAGAAACUCUUCUGCUACUUGUAGCAAUGCCGAGGAUAUUGAUGAGCUAUCGAUUGAUCUUAAUCGCGAAGCAAGAGAUGAUGAUGGUAGCAUAAAUGGAAACCAAGACAGCAGAAGCAAUGAUACUCCCGGUGAUGAAAUAAAUUUGGAGGAAAUAGCACUAGAUUGUGUGCCGCAAAUAAGUGUCCUUGAUGAUUCAUUGGCAGAAUUUGAGGAAGAGAGGCUAUCCAUUCUAGAUCAGCUUAAGGCAUUAGAGGAGAAGCUACUUGCUUUGCAUGAAAAUGAACUCUCCGAGGAUGGAAACUCAGUGGAGCAUUCCCUGAAGUAUAGUGUAAAAGGAUAUGAUGAAAGCUAUGAAUUGAGCACUCCAGAAGAAAAUGGGAUUUCACAUGAGUUAUCGAAGGACAAACAUUAUACUGAGAGGAAAACAAUGGGAUCCAUGGCAAAGAGCCUCCUUCCUCUUUUGGACGCUGCUCAUAAUGAAUAUGAAACUGAAGAAGCGUUGUUAUUCGAAGAAAAUGUGGCAUCUGAAAUUGUUGAAAUGGAAAACCCUUCAUCAGUUUCCAAAUUUGAAUUAGAAAGCAAGAAACUAGCCCUUGAAGAGGAGGUGGAUCAUGUUUAUGAAAGGCUGCAAGCUCUUGAAGCAGACAAGGAGUUCCUAAAACAUUGUAUGAGUUCAAUAAAGAAGGGAGAAAAAGGAAUGGAUCUUCUCCAAGAGAUCUUGCAACAUCUGCGUGAUCUUCGGGCAGUGGAACUCCGGGUGAGGAAUAUGACUGAUGAUCCUCUGGGGUGAAAUUGCACUUAACAAAUAAGAUACAAAAGAUGAGAGAUCCCUUUCUCAUGGAUGAGCAGGAGAACCUCACAUUAAAAUGCAGGCCAGAAAGUUUCUCUACGAAAAUCCAGGAAAACUCUUGAUGGAAGGGGGAAUUCCUGGGAUGUUUAAUGAUCUCUUUUGGCUUUACUACAAGAGUAGUGUUAAGCCAAAUUUUGCAGCAUAUCCUCCAAGCUGCCUUUUUCCAGGCAAAGGAAAAAGACAAAAAGGAUUGCACAAAUUUACAUUGUUUGAGAGUUAGGAUAGAUUACUUGGAAUCAAAACAGCUUCUUUCUACUUUUUCUUCUUAUUCAUUGGUUCUUCGGGAGGGGAAAAUUUUCAAGGGAAAGGGGAAAGGAAGAAGGGUUAGUUCUUCUUUCUCCUAGUUUUUGUGUCACUUACAUUAUAUGUGUUCCAGUAAUGUGUCAAUAUAGAGAGCAUUAAAGUUUA